UGCGUCAUGAACUAGAGUCGAGCUUUAUUUUGAAACGUCUGAGCGGAACUCCUUCUUUCCUCUUUAAUCCGGACGUCGGAACCCGCCUUCAGUGCAGCAAACGGACCGAACCAAGAGUCUUCAAAUCUGUGGACCAUGGGCCCGUCCGGUGAGGUGGUGUUUGCCAGCCCGGUGCCGGUCUCCGCAGAGAAUCGGCUCCGCUGGGACCUGAAGCCCGAGCAGAUCCAGCAGCUUUCAGAUGAACUCAUCGCUGACACUAAGAAGGUGUACGACGCCGUGGGGGCCCUGGACCUGGACAGCGUCACAUUUGAGAACACGCUGAAGGCGCUCGCCGACGUGGAGGUCGAAUACACUGUCCAGAGGAACAUGCUGGACUUCCCGCAGCACGUGUCUCCCUGUAAGGAUGUGCGAGCGGCGAGCACUGAGGCGGACAAGCGCCUGUCCGAGUUCGAUGUGGAGAUGAGCAUGAGGGAGGACGUCUACCAGAGGGUCGUCGCUCUGGAGAAGAAGAUCGACAUGGAGAGCCUCAGCCUGGAGGCCAGGCGCUACAUGGAGCGGCUCAUCAAGCUGGGGAAGAGGAACGGCCUCCAUCUGCCUAAAGAGACACAGGAGGAGAUCAAGAGCAUCAAGAAGAAGCUGAGCAACCUGUGCAUCGACUUCAACAAGAACCUGAACGAGGACACUACCAGCCUGAGCUUCACCAGAGACGAGCUGGACGGCCUUCCUGAAGACUUCCUGAGCUCUCUGGAGAAGGACGGAGACAAACUGAAGGUCACUCUGAAGUAUCCUCAUUACUUUCCCACCAUGAAGAAGUGCUCCGUGCCGGAGACGCGCAGGAAGCUGGAGGAGGCUUUUAACUCGCGCUGCAAACAGGAGAACUCUGCCAUCCUGAAGGAGCUGGUGAAGCUGCGCGCACAAAAGAGCUCGCUGCUGGGCUUCACCACGCACGCCGACUUCGUCCUGGAGAUGAACAUGGCCAAGUCUGGGAAGAAGGUGGCCGGCUUCCUGGAGGAGCUGGCUCGCCGGCUGAAGCCUCUGGGGGAGGAGGAGCGAGCGGUCAUCCUCAAGCUGAAGGAGAAGGAGUGUCAGAAACGAGGACUACCUUACGACGGCGAGCUCCACGCUUGCGACACGCGCUACUUUAUGACCCAGGUGGAGGAGACGCAGUACGCUGUGGACCAGAACCUGCUGAAGGAGUAUUUUCCCAUGGAGGUGGUGACUCAGGGUCUGCUGGAAAUCUACCAGCAGCUGCUGGGACUGUCCUUCCAGCUGGUGGAGGGGGCGCCAGUCUGGCACCCUGACGUAACCCUGUACAGCGUGAAGGACCGCGGCAGCGGUCAGGUGGUGGGACAGUUCUACCUGGACCUGUACCCUCGGGAGGGGAAGUACGGCCACGCCGCCUGCUUCGGCCUGCAGCCCGGCUGCCUGCUGCGCGACGGCUCCAGGCAGAUGUCUGUGGCGGCCAUGGUGGCGAACUUCAGCAAGCCCACUGCGGACGCGCCAUCGCUGCUGCAGCACGACGAGGUGGAGACGUACUUCCACGAGUUCGGACACGUCAUGCACCAGCUGUGCGCCCAGGCCGACUACGCCAUGUUCAGCGGGACCCACGUGGAGCGGGACUUCGUGGAGGCGCCGUCCCAGAUGCUGGAGAACUGGGUUUGGGAGAAGGAGCCUCUGCAGAAGAUGUCCAAACACUACAAGACUGGAAAACCCAUCCCGGACCACUUGCUGGACAAACUCAUCAAGUCCCGCCUGGCAAACACCGGGCUCUUUAAUCUGCGGCAGAUUGUCCUCGCCAAAGUGGAUCAGGCUCUGCACACCAGAACCGGACUGGACCCGGCAGAAGAAUACGGCCGCCUCUGUCAGGAGAUCCUGGGAGUUCCUGCCUCACCAGGAACCGACAUGCCGGCCACCUUUGGUCACCUGGCCGGCGGCUACGACGCGCAGUACUACGGCUACCUGUGGAGCGAGGUGUUCUCCAUGGACAUGUUCUACGCUCGCUUCAAACAGGAGGGCAUCAUGAACCCAAAGGUGGGUCUGGACUACAGGAAGUUCAUCCUGCGGCCCGGCGGCUCAGAGGACGCCUCAGAGAUGCUGAAGAAGUUCCUCGGGCGAGAUCCCAAACAGGAAGCGUUCCUGCUGAGCAAAGGACUGAGAGUGGAGCUGGACGCCAGCACGCCGUGUCCCUGCUAACCAGCCUCAGCAGCCGGCUCCGCCCCCACCCUGUAACCCCCACAGACUGAAGUUUUCUAAUAAAGGAGCCUGUGGCAUCUCCAUCAUGGACCUAAAUAAAGUGAUUUGGGGUGA